AUGUUUUGUUGUCUAACUAUACUGCCAGCCCCACUGCAGGUCUGCAUGGGAAUAUGCCUCCAUGGGGAUAUUACAGAGGAGGGUAAAAAUGCUAAACUGCAGAAUUCUAAAAUAGAAAAAGACCUUUGUGAACAUGCCAGGACUGAGAUGAAUGUGGUGAAGCUCCUCAUGCUCGGAGUUGCAGAGAGUGGCAAGAGCACCCUGAUAAGACAGAUAAAGAUAAUCCACAGUCACGGCUUCUCCAAACAAGAGCUCAUCAGUUUCAAGCCUGCAGUAUUAGACAACCUCCUGACCUCUAUGAAGUUUGUUCUUCGAGGAAUGGGGAUGCUGAGGAUAAACCUUGCUAACAAGAACAACAAGAUGCAUGCCCGCGCCGUCCUGUCCUGCAGCCAGUGUUUGGGGGAUGACCAGGAGCUGCUUCCAUUCUUGGCUCACGCUUUCUGUGCACUCUGGGCGGACCAAGGGGUGCGAGCAGCUGCAGCCAGAGGUUACGACUUUGAGCUGAACGACUCUGCACUAUAUUUCUUUGAGAAUAUGAGUCGAGUCAUCGCUCCCAACUACAUUCCCACUGAGACAGAUGUUCUGAGAGUGAGAUUGAGGACCUGUGGCAUCAUUGAGACACAGUUUCAAGUUAAUGACACAAUCUUUCGGUUGUAUGAUGUCGGGGGCCAGCGGAGUGAGAGGAGGAAGUGGCUCAGUUGUUUCGACUGUAUUCAGGCUGUGUUGUUUGUCGUGGACCUCAGCAGCUACGAUAUGUCACUAAUGGAAGACCCCUCAGUGAAUCGGCUGCAGGAAAGUCUUCAACUUUUUAUAUCGAUCUGCACCAACACAGUCUUCAAAAGGACCUCACUGAUUCUGUUCAUGAACAAAACUGACCUCUUCCGGGAAAAGAUCCUUCACUCUGGAAGACAUUUGGGAAUGUAUCUUUCUACUUAUGAAGGUGCAGAUGGUGAUGUGGAUGCUGCGGCUCACUUCAUCACCACCAUGUUUUCAUCAUGUAACAGCAGGCUGGACUACCCUGUGUUCCACCACUACACUACUGCCACAGAUACCACCAACAUACAGGUGGUCUUCCAGAUGGUCAUUGAUCAGAUUAUCAAGGAGAACCUAGCAUCUGUCCAGCUGCUGUAA